AUGCCUCUUUUGGAAGCCCGUGUUAAAAGCGUUUUGUCCGGAGACACAGUGGUGCUGGUGCAUGUCUCGAACCCAACCCAGGAACGCAUCUUGAGCCUGGCCUAUGUCUCUGCUCCAAGAUUGAAGAGAGAAGGAGACGAGCCGUUUGCGUUCCAAUCUCGAGAAUUCCUCCGUGAGCUUCUCGUCGGCAAAGUAGUACAGUUCCAGGUGCUGUACGCUAUCCCCACCGGUGCCAAACGGGAGUAUGGCAUCGUCAAGAUCCCAAACAGCGAGGGCAAGGAGCUACCAGAGCUCUGUGUUUCCGAGGGCUGGGCCAAGGUUCGAGAAGACGCGGGGAGGAGAGACGAAACCGAGGAUGCAGUGACCCUACUGAACAACCUGAGAGAGCUCGAGUCUCGUGCCAAAUCGGAAUCGAAAGGUGUAUGGGCAGGCGAGGACAACAUCGAUAUGUCAUACGAGGUGAAGGAUCCACAAGAGCUACUUGGAAGCCUGAAGGGAACUCAGAUUGAUUCAGUCGUGGAAAAGGUGUUGAGCGGAGACAGAUUCCUCAUCCGUCUGCUCAUCUCUCCAAAGAAACACGUCCAAACACUGGUCGUUGCGGCUGGCAUUCGUGCACCGGCUACUAAGCGAGUAAACCCUUCAGAUGGGUCAGAACAGGCCGGAGAGCCCUAUGGAGACCAGGCACAGAUGUUCGUUGAAAUGCGGUUGCUGCAGAGAAAGGUGAAGGUUACAUUACUUGGGCUCACGCCUCAGAAUCAGCUCGUGGGUACCGUUUUACACCCUGUUGGAAACAUCGCCAAAUUCUUACUCGAGGCCGGACUUGCGAGAUGCGCGGACCAUCAUUCUACUUUGCUGGGAGCAGAAAUGGCUACAUUCAGACAAGCCGAGAAAUCUGCUAAGGAUGGACGCAAGGGGCUGUUUACAAGCCAUGUUGCUCCCAAAGCUGCUGCUGCUGCGGAUACUGAUCUCGUGGUCAGCAGAGUAUUGAAUGCAGACACGAUAUUCCUUAGGAGCAAGACUGGAGCCGAGAAGAAGAUAAGCCUGAGCAGCAUCAGACAGCCUAAACCAUCUGACCCAAAACAGGCACCCUUUGGAGCAGAUGCGAAGGAAUUCCUCCGCAAGAAGCUUAUCGGCAAACAUGUCAAAGUUACUAUCAAUGGAAAGAAACCGGCCUCUGAAGGGUUUGAGGAGCGUGAGGUUGGUACCGUUAUGGUUGGAAACACCAAUGUAGCACUCAGCAUGGUCGAAGCUGGAUAUGCUUCUGUCAUCCGCCACCGCCGUGAUGAUGAUGACCGAUCUCCAGACUACGAUUCUCUCCUGCUUGCCGAGGAGAAAGCCCAGAAAGACGAAAAGGGGAUGUGGUCAUCAAAACCUCCAAAGGCCAAGCAGUUCCAGGAUUACUCCGAGAGCGUCCAAAAAGCUAAGAUGGAAUGCUCCGUUCUACAGAGGCAGAAGAAGGUUACCGGUGUUGUUGACUUUGUCAAAUCUGGCUCGAGAUUUACAGUUUUGAUACCACGAGACAAUGCUAAGCUCACCUUUGUCCUUUCUGGAAUCCGUGCUCCCCGGUCUGCAAGGAACGCCAACGAGAAGUCGGAGCCCUUUGGCCAGGAAGCCCACGACUUUGCAAACCGCAGAUGUAUGCAGCGUGACGUUGAGAUUGAUGUCGAGACUAUCGAUAAGGUCGGUGGCUUCAUCGGAACCCUUUAUGUCAACAGAGAAAAUUUCGCAAAGCUCCUCGUGGAGGAGGGUCUCGCAACGGUCCACGCCUACUCUGCUGAACAGUCUGGUCAUGGAAUGGAAUUGUUUGCCGCCGAGGCAAAGGCCAAAGAAGGUAGAAAGGGGCUAUGGCAUAAUUGGGACCCGAGCCAGGACGCUGGAGACGAGGAGGGUACUCCCGCCGCUACCAGCGCUGGAGCUACAGCGGAGGUCCCAACACGAGGAAGAGAUUACCGCGACGUGAUGCUCACACACGUUGAUGAAGGCGGCAAGCUCAAACUCCAGCAAAUCGGAGCUGGCACAACCGGCCUCACAGAUCUCAUGAACUCGUUCCGAGCAUUCCACAUCAACAAAGCGAACGACAAACCUCUGGAUGGACCCCCCAAGGCUGGUGACCUGGUUGCAGCCCGAUUUACCGAGGAUAACGAAUGGUAUCGGGCCAAGAUCCGACGCAACGACCGGGAAGCCAAGGAGGCAGAUGUCGUGUAUAUCGACUACGGAAACUCGGAGAAGGUCCCAUGGUCAAGACUGCGGCCACUCGCACCUCAGUUCUCCCAGCAGAAACUAAAGCCACAGGCCGUCGAUGCCGUCAUGUCGUUCCUCCAGUUCCCCACUUCCCCGGAGUAUCUUAGUGAAGCCAUGCAGUUCCUGGCGGCACAGACUGCCGAUCGCGAACUGGUUGCCAAUGUCGACCAUAUCGCCGAUGGCAUCCUGCAUGUCACCCUGCUUGACGCUUCUGCCUCUCAGAACUUGGAGCAGAGCAUCAAUGCUGAAGUGGUGCGUGAAGGCCUGGCUAUGGUCCCACGUAAACUGAAGCCCUGGGAACGCGCGUGCAACGAUACGCUGGCCAACCUGCGCAAACUGGAGGAGGAGGCAAAACAGGAGCGAAGAGGAAUGUGGGAGUAUGGAGAUCUCACCGAGGAUUAA